GCCUCCGUCUGCAGCUGCCAAGGCGCGCCAAAAUCAAAUUCUCGGCGCGCCGGCGGGACAGCCUACGACGAGCCGGGCUCCCGCCUGCAGGUCGGCGGCUGAGGCGGCAGCGGCGCAAGCACCUGAGGCCACUUCUCAAUACUCCCUGCCUUACGCGCUCGGGCCGCCACUAGACGAGGAAUGGCCACUCCACCCAAGAGAAGCUGCCCGUCUCCCGCGACCAGCUCUGAGGGAACCCGCAUCAAGAAAAUCUCCAUCGAAGGGAACAUCGCUUCAGGAAAGACAACAUUUGUGAAUAUCCUUAAACAAGUCUGCGAGGAUUGGGAAGUGGUUCCUGAACCUGUUGCGAGAUGGUGCAAUGUUCAUAGCACUCAAGAUGAAUUUCAGGAAUUGACAACAUCUCAGAAAAGUGGUGGGAAUGUCCUUCAGAUGAUGUAUGAGAAACCAGAGCGAUGGUCUUUUACCUUCCAGUCAUACGCCUGCCUCAGUCGAAUACGAGCUCAGCUUGCCUCUCUCAAUGGCAAGCUCAAAGAUGCGGAGAAACCUGUAUUAUUUUUUGAACGAUCUGUAUAUAGUGACAGGUAUAUUUUUGCAUCUAAUUUAUAUGAGUCUGAUUGUAUGAAUGAAACAGAGUGGACAAUUUAUCAAGACUGGCAUGACUGGAUAAAUAACCAGUUUGGCCAAAGCCUUGAACUGGAUGGAAUCAUUUAUCUUCGAGCCACUCCAGAGAAAUGCUUGAGCAGGAUAUAUUUGCGGGGAAGAAAUGAAGAGCAAGGCAUUCCUCUUGAAUAUUUAGAAAAGCUUCACUAUAAACAUGAAAGCUGGCUCCUGCAUAGAACACUAAAAACCAACUUUGAUUAUCUACAAGAAGUGCCUAUCUUAACACUGGAUGUUAAUGAAGACUUUAAAGACAAACAUGACAGUCUGGUUGAAAAGGUCAAAGAAUUUUUGAGCACUUUGUGAUCUUGCUGAAGACUACAGGCAGCAAAAUGAUUCCAGAUACAUCAGCCAUGCGUAUCUUUGUAACUUCAUAGUCAUUCAUGUCUCUUUAGAAAACCCAAGAAAAAUUUGUUCCAAGAAAAAAACUUUUUUUAUGAAUCCUAUAUAAAAUUUUAUGACCAAUUUUCUCCUCUAUUCUCUUCUCUCUUCUUUCUUGUUUAAGAGGAAUCUAAUGAACAAAAUAAACUAAUAAGCAAAAUAGACCCAGAGGCAUAGAAACAUGGAACAGACUGAA